AUGCAUUGGUUAAAAGAAGGAGACUUAAAUACAAAAAACUUUCACAUGUCAGCAUCUUUAAGACAAAGGGCGAAAAAGAUAGGAAAACUUGUGAAUGAUGAGAAUGUUGCAAGCCAAUCCUUCAACGCACGAUCCGGUCUUUCCUUGAUUACUCCCAAAAUUACCCAAGAAGACAAUGCACAACUGGUGAGGCCUAUUACACUAGAAGAAUUAAAAGAAGCUUUGUUCCAAAUGCAUCCGGAUAAGGCACCUGGUCCGGAUGGCUUUAACCCAGCUUUUUACCAACACUUCUGGAUUUAUGUGGCAAUGAUGUGUUCGAGGCAGCAACAGAUUGGUUGGAAAGAGGGUACUUCCCGGCUUAAGAGCUAUCUUGAUAAGUGUGUUUCGGAGGAACAGUCGGCAUUCAUUGAGGGGAGGUCGAUCUUAGACAACGCCCUUAUUGCAAUUGAGGUCAUUCUUGCUUUGAAAAGAAGAACGCGAGGUUGGAAAGGUGAACUUGCUCUAAAAAUUGAUAUCAGUAAGGCUUAUGAUAAAGUUGAUUGGGGGUUCAUGUGCGGUAUGCUUAAAAGGUUGGGAUUUUCUGCUAAGUGGAUUCAUUGGAUGAUGAUAUGCGUUAGUUCUGUUAACUAUUCAGUAUUGGUGAACUUUGAAAAGGUCGGUCCCAUAUUUCCUGGAAGGGGUUUAAGGCAGGGAGACCCGCUCUCUCCUUAUCUAUUUAUUUUGAUCACUGAGGGAUUGUAUUCCUUAAUCAAAAGGUCAUUGGCUAGUGGAGACUUACAUGGAGUACAGAUAUGUCACGGGGCACCGAUGGUGUCCCACCUCCUUUUCGCUGAUGAUUGCUUCUUAUUUUGCAGGUCCACGGUAGCAGAAAUCAAUCACUUGAUGGGAUUGCUUAAGACUUAUGAAGAAGCAUCCGGGCAAGAAAUUAACUUGACAAAGUCGGAGGUGUUCUUUAGUAGGAAUUUGAGCAUAGCAGCCCAGGAAGACCUUUCAAAAAUAAUGGGAGUUCGACAUGUGCUUGGGACCGGUAACUAUCUUGGUCUACCCUCUAUGAUUGGAAGAAAAAAGAAGGAGGUUUUUGCUUUCAUCAAGGACAAAAUUUGGAAGAGAAUCAACUCGUGGCGAGGGAGACAAUUGUCAAGAGCAGGGAAAGAGAUAAUGAUUAAAUCAGUGUUACAAUCAAUCCCGACCUAUAUUAUGAGCGUAUAUCUCCUUCCGGAUUCAACAAUCAGGGACAUAGAGAGAAUGAUGAAUUUUUUUUGGUGGGGUGGUGGAGCAAAUAAUAAAGGGAUUCGGUGGUUAGCUUGGGAUCGUAUGACACACCCUAAGGCUCAUGGAGGUAUAGGUUUUCGAGACUUACAUACUUUCAAUUUGGCGAUGAUAGCUAAGCAAGGAUGGAAUAUCAUGACAAAACCCAACACACUUUUGGCUAAAUUGUAUAAAGCAGAUAUUUUCCGAACUCCUCUCUUUUUGAGUCAAAAUUGGGUCAUAAUCCUAGCUAUGCUUGGAGAGAUUAUUUGGAUUGAUAAUACACAUGGUCAAUAUAGUUUCAACAGUGGUUAUAAACUGUUGUUGAAUGUCACAGGCAAGGUAGAUAUUGGGUCACAACAAGAAGAUUGGCAUAGCCUUUGGACAAUCCUUGCUCCCCGAAAGACAAAACAUCUCUUAUGGAGGAUUAGUAAAGGGUGUUUACCUACUCGAAUGCGACUACAAGAAAGACGUGUACCUUGCCCGUUGUUAUGUCCGUUGUGUAAUCACCAAAAUGAAGAUGAUUGGCAUGUUUUAUUUGGUUGUGAUGCUAGUAUCCAAGCACGACAAGCAGCAGGUAUAGUGCAAUUUUUAGAGCCUUUUUUACUGCAGGCCAGCAGUGCCAAAGAUGCUAUACAUGCGAUUUGUUCUACAAAUGAUAAGCAAGCGACUGGACUAUUUGCGGCGUUAGCUUGGGUCUUAUGGAAUAACCGAAACAGCGAAGUUUGGAAUGAUUCACACGAAUCGGGACGAACUUUGGGAUUCAAGGCUCGGCAUAUGUGGGAAGAUUGGCUAACUGUUCAGCAGCUGCAGCAUGACACAGAAGCAGCUAAUACACAGCAUGACAGGCGCAAUAAUACACAGCAGCAGCAGGCCUUGCGAUGGCAGAAACCAGCAGUUGGUUGGUAUAAGUGCAAUGUCGAUGCAGGUUUUCACAAAGCGUUGAAUAAAACCAGUUUCGGAUGGUGUCUGCGUGAUGAUAGGGGGAGCUUUGUCAUGGCAGCGACGGCGUGGUUGGAAGGAAAUUGCUCCAUAGUGGAAGGUGAAUCUAUAGCCUUGCUAGAAGCUUUGAGAACAUUGGAACAAAGAGGCUUGUCUCACGUUGUUAUUGAGACGGAUUCAAAAAGCGUGGUGGAUGCAAUUUCUAAUUUACGUGGUGGCAAUUCUGAAUUUAGUUCUAUUGUUUUCAAUAUUAAUAAAAUUAUGUUAUGUAAUCCAAACUUCAAGGUUAAGUUUAUUAAGCAGCAAGCUAACAUGGUGGCUCAUACACUUGCUAGGGCGGCCAUGUUCUGGACUAGUCGUUGUAUCUUUGAGACAUUACCUCUUUUAUCACUACUUUAUUGA